ACCUUUGUGUUGUGUAUUCACUCGAUUUUCAUGUCGGACUUAUUUUCAUCCUGCACCGCACUAGCUUGGCUGUGAACCUUCUUUAGCUGAUAAUUUGAUCCAUAUUACCUUGUGGUUUUCUUCAUCGAUGCCACUGAAGGAUCAAUCUAACUCGACCGUCGUCAUGAAGCCAGCAGUGGAUGAGAUGUUUCCUGAGGGCGCGGGGCCGUACGUUGAUCUGGACGAGGCUGGGGGAAGCACAGGACUGCUGAUGGACUUGGCUGCCAAUGAAAAGGCAGUUCACCCAGACUUCUUCAAUGAUUUUGAGGAUCUGUUUGAUGAUGAUGACAUCCAGUGAGAGAGAGAAGCACAUCGUUGGAGUAAUGAUGGAUUAUAUUCACAUCGCUCCACACCUUUUUUUCUGGUGGAAAGCAAACCAACCAUUUACUGUCUAAUGGUAUACAAUUGCCUUUCAUAGUUCUCCUAGUUUUAGGCUUUAAAAAAAAAAACAUCCUUAAAAAGUUGUCCCUGACUCCAGAUGUUGUGAAAUUCUUAAGAUCCCAAGGAUUCCUUCAGAUAUGGUAUGUUUAAAAUUAUGAGCUUGUAUCGUGCUCAUGUCUUCCACUGCUUCUUAACUGGAUUGCAGGUUUCAGAGUGCUGGAGAACACCUGUUAGGAGCGUAAUUACACAUGUGAUGGGCAGCGGCUCCGUGUGCUGUCGCCUGUAAGCAUGCUGCAGAUGGCAUACGAUGAAUGACGGUCUGCUAAAAAUAGCUUAAAUUAUUUGUAUGAGAGUGUGUGUGAUAGUCGGAUGUGUGCUGUGUGUUUUGAUUUCAUAUCUGCAGUGUAUCCUGUUACAUUAAUAGUUUGCACGUAUGUGUACUGUAGUUAUAAUUCCACACUUGUAUUUUUGUGUUUAAAAGUCAAUAAAUAGCAUUUUGUUUAAAGGAA